UUAUUUAUUUAUUUUAUGAUUUCUUGGAUUCGUUAGAGAGGCUCUGACUCUGAAGUCGGAACUCUCAGAACUCAGAACUCACAGAACUCUGAAGCGUCAUGGCUGGUAUAACCAGCACCGUUGGGUUAAACGCAAUUCUCGCCGGAGCAACCAAAACGGUGUCGCAUCGGCGCUUCUCUGAUAAAACUAAGCUCUUUGGUCUUCCACUCUAUCUGGCCGAAUUGUCAAUUGUUUCUCUCUCGCCUUAUCAUCGCCGUAGCCCCGCCAUCAUCUGCCGUUACGGAGGCGGUGGCGGUGGCGGAGGCUCUCGAUUCCCCGGCGAUAGGCGAGGUAGGCAGAAAGAAUCUGAUGAUGAUGAUGAUGCGCUUGAUAUCUCGGCUAUUAGAUCAGCCACUGUCAGGCUCAUUGAUGGUCAACAGAACAUGAUUGGUGUAGUUUCCAAGGAGGAAGCGGUUCGAAGAGCUGAAGAUGCUGAGCUUGAUCUGGUGAUUCUUUCGCCGGAUGCAGAUCCUCCGGUUGUUAGAAUGAUGGAUUACAGUAAAUACAGAUACGAACAGCAAAAGAGGAAAAAAGAACAGCAGAAGAAAACUACUCGCAUGGACUUGAAGGAGCUUAAAAUGGGUUAUAACAUCGACCAGCAUGAUUAUUCUGUACGCAUGAGAGCAGCCAGGAAGUUCUUGCAAGACGGUGACAAAGUUGUUCCCAUUUACCUUUUUUGUUUGUCUUACUACCAGAACAUACAUAUAUGGGCGAGUUAUGCCCUUUCUGAUUACAUUUUGCUGCUGCAUGACUUGUUACACACUCAGGUUAAAGUGAUUGUGAACAUGAAAGGCCGAGAAAACGAGUUCAGAAAUAUUGCUAUUGAGCUCCUUAGACGCUUUCAGAAUGAAGUUGGGGAGCUUGCGACUGAGGAGAGCAAAAACUUCCGGGACAGAAAUCUGUUUAUUGUUUUGGUGCCUAACAAGGAAAUUAUUCGGAAAGCGCAAGAACCACCCUCGAAAAAGAAGAAAAAGCCAGCUGGUGAUGAAGUUUCAGCGGCAGGUAUAAAUGCAACUUAAGAUAUUUGAUGCGCCGGGCACAAUUCGCUGAAGAUAUAUUGUCUGGUAAUAAUGACUGGGAGUUUGAUAAAAUUUAUGUAUAGUUCCUUUUCAACGAAUGUAUCUGUCUGUAACCAUAGAAAGAUCUUUCUCAACUUUUGUGUAUACCUUGAGUUUUUAACUUUUAAACUUAGUCAUAUAGAGUGUAACAAGAAAUCGAGACUUAUUGAGUCAGUAAGAAAGUUAUCAAUUA